GCCACCGAGAGCGCUGGCUCCCGCCAUUGGGAUUGACGACUGCAACGCCCGAAGGCAGGACCAGCAAGACACACGCCCGACACGAUGGCCGACCAGAAGACCGCCCCCACGAACCCCAUGAAGGAGCUGCGCAUCGACAAGCUCGUCAUCAACAUCUCCGUCGGUGAAUCUGGUGAUCGUCUGACUCGGGCAUCCAAGGUGCUUGAGCAGCUCACCGGGCAAACGCCUGUCACUUCCAAGGCGCGGUACACCGUCCGUACCUUCGGCAUUCGGCGUAACGAAAAGAUCGCGGUGCACGUCACCAUCCGGGGGCCCAAGGCGGAGGAGAUCCUCGAGCGAGGGCUGAAGGUCAAGGAGUACGAACUCCGUCGCAGAAACUUCUCGGAGACCGGCAACUUCGGUUUCGGUAUCCAGGAGCACAUCGACCUCGGUGCGCGGUACGACCCCGGUAUCGGUAUCUUCGGUAUGGACUUCUACGUCGUGAUGGGCCGGCCAGGCGCGCGGGUCGCACGUCGGAAACAGAAGAAGGCGAGGAUUGGCUUCCAGCACCGUGUCAAGAAGGAUGAUACGGUGGCGUGGUUCAAGCAGCGGUUCGACGGUAUCAUCCUGGCCAAGUAAACGGUCUAUCCACUCUUACUCUAUGUUGUCGCACUGUUAUGACUCUAUUGCCCGCCAUGUAUCACAUGCAUGCCUCAAAACACCAUGACUGCUUGCUUGAA